AUGAAAUAUCAACCAUGUCUGCUGCUUUCUACGUUUGCUUUCUCCUUUGGUGCUUCCAGACCAACACAGCCGGAGCACAGCUGCCCCCCCCCCCCACACAACUUGAACAUUAUCUCCAUGAACACCAACUACACCCUGAUCUGGGACUGGGACCAGGGUUCUGCAGAGAGUGGCGCCGUCAACUUCACCACCCACUAUGUGGCGAAGUUCAUGCUGAUGUCUAAGAAAAAGAGUCCGACCUGGAAAACGGGGUGUGAGACGACGUCACAUAGGUCAUGUGACUUUACAACGAAGAAUCUGUUCUACCCGGGCAUCUACGUGUUUCGUGUGCGAGCCAGUGUGAACGGGACUGACUCUGAUUGGGCGACGAAGGAUUUCUGCCCUGAUAAAGACGCUGCUCUGGGUCCUCCAAGCAAAGUGGCUCUUUCUCCUGAAGGCAGAAACCUGGACAUUGUGAUCUCCGACCCUCUGACCAGCACCAACAGCUCCAUGAAGGAGCAUCAUGAGGAUCUGUACUUCCAGAUCCGGUACUGGGAACACUCUGCAGACGGUCAGGCCCUCAGAAGCCACUCUCUGAGCAGCAAGAAAAGAGUGGUGACGCUGUCCGACCUGCAGGCCUGGACCUGGUACUGUGUGAGCGUCCAGUCACGCUACGACUUCUACAACAAGAGCAGCAGCUUCACCCCCCCACUCUGCAUGCAGACUGAAGGAACCGUCCCGUGGUGGCAUAUUGUUGGGUACUUCCUGCUCUCUCUGUUGAUCUGUUUCUUGCUCGUGCUGCUCUUCAUCUACGGCUUCUUUCGGUGCUUCAAGAAACUGAAGGCAACGUUUUACCCCUCCAUCCAGCUACCUACACACUUCCAGUAUCUCUGUGACUCCUCUGGUUCUGACAUUCCUCGCCUCCUCCCCGAGUCCGACUCGGAGCUGUUGUGUGAUAAAGUGACUGUCUGCCCAGCCCCCCCAGUCCUUGAGAUCCAUAGCCCGCCCCCCGAGUUCCUGCCCGAGCCAACGGGCCUGGAGCCAGACAGCAGCGGCAAACACAGUCGCAGCAGCAGUGGCAGCGGAGACUCCGGCAUGUACUCCACCGGGGGGGGCAGCUCCAACCUGCGGCAGCAGCACUCCGGCCAGGACUCCCAGGGGCCCCUGGACUCGGAGCAGGUGAAGAUGCAGGACAUGGCUCCAGGGCUCAAGACACACCUCCUGGCUGCAGACGAGGGCAUCGUAGACAUGUGUGUAUGAGGAGGCACACACAAAGACGCUUCUUUUUACAAAAGCGUUAAGCAGAGAUAUUCAGCAGGAUGGAGGUUUGUGGAAAUGUGCAGCGUGCCUUCUCUCCGUCUGUCACUGUGAAAAAAGGAAAGGAAAAAAGACUAAGAAAACUAAAGAUGAGUGAUAGACUCAGGAGGAAGGACGUUUUUUUCACUGUUGACACGUCUCUCUUCACAGAUCUUCAGAUCUACCUACUUGUUAGCGCCAACCAGAAGUACUGCUCUGUGCUUAUUUUAAUAUGUUGUACAUUUCCUUUGUACAGCCUGUCUUCACCUUCAUGCUGUGAUUUGAGUUGGUUUUCAAAUCAUGUUUAUAUCUAUUACUUUCCUAUCGCUUUUAUGACUUAAAGGGGACCUAUCAUGCAAAAUGCACUUUUGUACGUCUUUUAUACAUGAAUAUGUGUCCCCGGUGUUCCAGGGAACUCACCAAGUGUCA